UGAGUAGAGUUCACGAAAACCUAAAAGGUUCACCAAUCUAUCACAGUUCAUGGGCAAUAAGGGAAGCUUUCAAGCGUUUCUUUUUCUAUUUAAGCAUGAAGAUAAGCAGACCCUUUUGAUUCUAAUCUACAAUGUCGAAUCUGAAGAGGAGAGUAGGCGAAGCAGCUUGCUAGCCAGCCAUCGACCCAAGCAAGGUAGCCAUUGUUUGGGUUGCUAAACUGGUUAGCUCGCUAGCUAGCGGCAACAUAUUUAGUUAGAUUAACGAACUUGCUCGCUAGCUAAAUAAUGAAUGCAUUUAGUUCGCUACUACUGUCUUUCAUUUGUGCUAUUUUAUUGUGUCAAGCUAGCUAACAUAUGGAGUAUUUGUAGUCUUGGGACGACAGCCAUCGCCGGUGUACUCUUGCCAGCUGGUCUUGGGAUGCUGCUAAGCUUGGGGCUUCCUGCAUGAUGUGUUACCGUGGUGACAACGGAGAACACCCAUCCCCCUCUCCCUUCCCCUGGUCCGCCGCCCCUCUCACCCCCCCCUCCCCCUAAAGCAGUCCUGACCUCACCAAGAUGCCGAACAGAAAGGAGCCGCCUAUCUAUAACGACGACAGUGUGGGGACCUUCCAGUACAAGUUGCCGUUCAACGAGACCAUGGAGCUGUUCAUCGAAACUUUGACGGGGACCUGCUUUGAGCUGCGUGUCUCGCCCAUCGAGACUGUCAUCUCUGUCAAGGCCAAGAUCCAGAGGCUGGAAGGUAUCCCUGUUGCCCAGCAACACCUGAUCUGGAACAACUUGGAGCUGGAGGAUGAGUACUGUCUGCAUGAUUACAGUAUUGCUGAGGGCUGUACUCUGAAGCUGGUGCUAGCCAUGAGAGGAGGACCAAUCAACACCAGGAGAGUGCCUGUUGAGGACCCAUUGAAGGAUAUGGUGGAGGUAAUGGAGGGAGGCAGGGAGGAGGGCUGGGAUAAGAGUCUGCCUGGCAGCAAGCAGGUCACUUUUCUGGUGUACCGAGAGGGAGACCAGCUCAGCUUCUUCCGGGUCGUCGACCGAGGGGACGGAACUCUGACCCCUGUCUCAGAAUCACUCAGUGGUGGCUCAGUGUUCAACAUGUACACAGAGGAGGACGACGACGAUGAAACGGGGGGCUUGGCUCUGGGACAGCCAUCCCUGGAGAACUCUAUCACCAUGAACAAGAUGAAGCUGCUCAAAGCCAAGAUGGAGGACAUGAACAUCAACAAGAAGCCUAAGAGGUCUGCCAAGUUGAAACCUCUGUCACCUGUCAGUGCCCGGCCCUGCAGCAACUUUCUGGGGCUCCCCAGACACCACCGCCUCUUCCGUGUCCUGCCCCACAUCAACCAAUCCCAUCACUCCACCUCAUACUUAACUCCAAUCAGGGACCAGGGAUCCGCAAAUCCCUCGACUCCCGUUGCUACUACCUCCGCCACCCACCUGUCAAUCAACGGCCAGGCGCCGCCCUAUUUCUCUUCCUCGUCCUGUUACAUGCUUCAGGAAGAGGAGCCAUGGGAGACCAGCCCCAAGUCGAUCCGGCCCCCUCCUAAAGUGUCCCGAUUGGACAUCGGCAGCACCAGGCUCAUGAGGGACUGUGUGUAUCCGCAGCUCCCCUCACUCCCCAGCAGGGGGCAGGCAGAGGGGACAGUGGAGCUGCCUGACUCCAGAGGAGAGGCACUGGAGCUGGAGUUGCUGGAGGAGGUUGCAAGCCUGCUGGAGCCCACACCGCCUGGAGCUCUGUACAGAAACCUGCUCACAGACCCCCUCAUCCUGGACAUCUCUACCCAGCCAGAGGAGGGUUUAGGUGGGUUGGAUGGGCUAGGAGCCCUGGGGUUUGGAGCAGAGCGCCAGCUCUCCUCCACCCCCUCUCUCCUCUCCCAAGCUGAGGGGAUGAACUCUUUAAACAACUGGGCUAUGGGUGGUUCUGAUAGGUUAGCCUGCAAAGGUCAGAGGACACAGUUACUAGGCAACACCCUUGAUCAUUUACCUGACUCUCCUUCCCCCUCUUCAUCUUCCCCCUCUAGUAGAUGGAAACUACCACAACCCUUUGAAUUCACAGGCUCAGUAACGCCAACCCUACAAUCCAAUCCCCCCUCCUCCCGCCCCACCACUCUCUUCUCCCCUGCUCCACCUCUCCCCUCCUCUCUUCCACAUGGCUCUCAUCUGCGAGGCAUCAAGAUGGACUCCCCAGGCAAGCGGCCGGAGAUGAGUAAAAGUGAGGCACGGGGCAUCACCAAGCUGGCCAACCAGGCCUGUAUGAAUCCUCUCGAGUCCCUCAGCAACACAGAGCUCCUGGCCUCCCUGUCCUCUUCCUCCAGGACCCCAGUCAGCAGCAGCAGGGAAGGCCUGGGUCAGAGCCUGGGAUUUGGGUUGGAUCUGCCCGCUGUUGGGGCCUCCAGGCUGGGCAUGCUAGACUCUACGGCCCCCUCCCUACAAGCCAACAUCCAGCUGCUCCAGGAGGACCUUAUCCGACGGAUGUCCCCACUACACAGAGCGACCGCCUCUUACAUGGCACCCAACAGCCUGGGAUCAGCUGGAGGCUCCAGUUCAAUAAGGAGACCAGUUCUCCAGCUGUAUCCACUGAAAGCGCACGAGGUUCAAGGCACGAGGGCACGGGGCACGGGACAGGCCGCAGAGCCGCGCACAGAAGACGGACCUAGCCCAUGGGGAAGGGGGAGGCGGUGGACCCCAACCCCGCCACACUCGGCCCCCCUGCAUAUCACCUGCCUUCAGUCAAGGUUCCACUGGCAAAGAAGAAGAAGAAAUCUAAACACUGCUUCCUCUGUGGCAAGAAGACUGGUCUGGCCACCAGCUACGAGUGCAGGUGUGGUAACAACUUCUGCGCCACCCACCGCUAUGCAGAGACCCAUGACUGCACGUACAACUACAAGAGCGCCGGACGCCGCUUCCUCCAGGAAACCAACCCCAUCGUCAACGCUCCCAAGUUGCCCAAGAUCUGAGCCCCUCCCCAUGUCCCCCUCUAUCCCUGCACUCCUCCUUCCUCUGUGAUGGAAAAUAACAGAUGUACCUGAAUGAUUUAAAAACAAAAAGAAAGAAGGAACAUAAUCACCACUGUGUGCUUUUAAAUGGACUUAACGACUUCAAAACGCCAAGUGUGAACAAAACGGAGAACACAGAAUAUUAGCAAAUUGACUUUAGUAGCUAGCUGUUUCCUUCGCUCUGGACAAUGUGAACGAACUGUUCAUCCGCUUUUCCUCAUACAGUAACCUUGAUCGUUUUCCAUAGCAGGAAAGUAUUGCAUGUAGUAUUACAGUAUUACAUUUGUAGUUUUUAAAGCAGAAUGUCUGUCUAUUUCAUGUUUUAACAGAAGUGCAUGACUCCAAGCGUAUAAUGUUAUAUCUUUAUAUUUUUUGCUUUAUCAGAUUGUUUCUAAACAUAGGACUGCAGAUCAGUCUCUGAGAGAUGCACUUUAGAAUUAUCAUAUUUAUAUACCAAUAUUUGACUUUGACGUUUUUUGAGGGAAAGCUGCUGUUUUUCUUUUUGUAAUGAAGUGUUUUUGUUGUCUUACUGUAUCAUAAUGUUUUUAUAUCCAGUACCUAUCUCUCCUUUCCCCUGCUUCUAUGGGCACAUACAGUACCAGUCAAAAGGUUGGACACACCUACUCAUUCAAGGGUUUUUCUUUAUUUGUACUAUUUUCUACAUUGUAGAAUAAUAGUGAAGACAUCAAAGCUAUGAAAUAUCACAUAUGGAAUCAUGUAGUCACCAAAAAAGUGUUAAACAAAUCAAACUAUAUUUUAGAUUCUUUAAAUAGCCCCCCUUUCCCUUGAUGGCAGCUUUGCAUUCUCUCAACCAGCUACACCUGGAUUGCUUUUCCAACAGCCUUGAAGGAGUUCCCACAUUAUGCUGAGCAUUUGUUGACUGCUUUUCCUUCACUCUGCAGUCCAACUCAUCCCAAAUCAUCUCAAUUGUGUUGCGGUUGGGUGAAUAUGGAGGCCACAAUAAAUCACUGACACGGUCUCCAGCAAUGCACCACCACACCAACUCCUCCAUGCUUCAUGGAGGGAACCACACAUGCAUCCGUUCACCUACAAAGACACAGCGGUUGGAACCAAAAUCUCCAAUUUGGACUCGAUGGACAGAUUUCCACCAGUCAAAUGUCCAUUGCUCGUGUUUCUUGGCCCAAGCCAGUCUUGCUUUUAUUUGUCUCCUAGUAGUGUUUUAUUGGCAGCAAUUUGACCAUGAAGGCCUGAUUCACACAGCCUCCUCUGAACAGUUGAUGUUGAGAUGUGUCUGUUACUUCAACUCUGAAGCAUUUAUUUGGGCUGUAACUUCUGAGACUGGUAUCGCUGAUGAACUUAUCCUCUGCAGCAGAGGGAACUCUGGGUCUUCCAUUCCUGUGGCAAUCCUCGAGAGCCAGUUUCAUCAUAGCGCUUGAUGGUUUUUGCGACUGCACUUGAACUUUAAAAGUUCUUGACAUUUUCAGGAUUGACUGACCAUGUUGUUUAUCUUUUCAUAUGACUAUGGCAAUAACAGCUGAAAUAUGGUAAAAGUCCAUACUAUCUUCUGUAUACCAACCCUACCUUGUCAGAACACAACUGAUUGUCUCAAACACAUUAAGAAGGAAAGAAAUUCCACAAAUGAACUUUUAACAAGGCACACAUGUUAAUUGAAAUGCAUUCCAGGUGACUACCUCAUGAAGCUGGUUGAGAGAAUGCCAAAAGUGUGGCUACUUAAAAUAUAUUUUGAUUUGUUUAACUUUGAGCUUGACGUGCCGCUAGUGCCCCCUUCGACAACAUCCGGUGAAAUUGCAGAGCAUGAAAUUCAAAAUACAAAAAUAGUAAUAUUAAACAUUCAUGAAAAUACAAGUGUCAUACAUCAUUUAAAAGCUUAACUACUUCUUAAUCCAGCCGCUUUGUCAGAUUUCAAAAAGGUUUUACGGCAAAAGCAUACCAUGCGAUUAUCUAAUAAAUAAUAAUAUUCUGAGGACAUCGCCCCACAUACAAAAGCAUUAAAAACAUUUUCCAAACCAGCAGAGGCGUCACAAAAGUCAGAAAUAGCAUUUAAAAUAAAUCACUUACCUUUUGAAGAUCUUCCUCUGUUUGCAAUCCCAAGUGUCCCAGCUACACAACAAAUGGUCGUUUUGUUCGAUCAAGUCCUUUUAUAUCCCAAAAAAGUCAGUUUCGUUGGCUUGUUUGAUUGAGUAAUCCACCUGUUCCACUCGUUCAAAAUGCAUACAAAGGAAUCCCAAAGGUUACCAAUAAACUUAGUGUAAAGUCAAACAACGUUUCUAAUCAAUCCGCAGGUACCCGAAUAUGUAAAUAAUCUAUACAAUUUAAGACUGAGAAUAGUGUGUUCAAUACCGGAGAUAAAUAACGAGGAGCGCGCCCUGUCUGUUACACUUUCUGACCUUAUUUUAACAGUUUUAGAAACUUCAGAGUUUUCUAUCCAAUUAUAUGCCUAUAUUAGCUUCUGGGCCUGACUAACAGGCAGUUUACUUUGGGCACGUCAGUCAUCCGAACUUCCGAAUACUGACCCCUAUCCUUAUUAACACUUUUUUGGUUACUACAUGAUUCCAUAUGUGUUGAUUCAGCAUAGCCAUCAAAACUCAAUUAUUCUACAAUGUUGAAAAUUGUAAAACAUUAAGAAAUACCCUUGUGUGAACUUGUGACUGGAACUGUACAUACUGGCAUCACCUUUACAACACGUAUUUUACUAAAGGGUAUAACACUUCCCGUUGAUGAGAAACUACACUGAACAAAAAUGUAAACGCAACAUGUAAAAUGUUGGUCCCAUGUUUCAUGAGCUGAAAUAAAAGAUCCCAGAAAUUUUU